GGGGUAAAAUCACAAUAUAAAAAAAAAAAUCAGAGGGAUGUGGUUGAGUGAUUGCAGAAGCUACAGAGAGAGAGAGAGAGAGUGUCAAGAAAGUCUCCUCUUACACACCUUUCGUUUUCUCGAACCUCUUAUAUGAAAGAUGGUGGAGGAAUCUUCGGUUUGACAACUCUUUUAAGCUUGCAAGGAACCUCCUCCGUUUUGCUUUCGCUUCCUCAUCAUUCUCUCGUUUCAGUUUGAUCCUACUUUGAUAAAGCUUGUAUCUUUUCUUCUUCAAGCUUAAGAAAGGCAACUUCUUUAUUUUCUCUCCUUUGGAGAUGGGUUUGUGUAAAAAUGGAAACUUUACUAUCUGGGUCUUUCCCAUUUUGGUUUCCAGGGUAGAUUAGUGAUUUUGUUCUUGGGAGUUUUAUUUUGGGUUGUUUAAACUUUAAAGACAUGGAGGAGAUAGAAGGAGCGAACAGAGCAGCUGUAGAUAUUUCUCAUAGAGUUCUUAACCUCUUAUGUACACCACAUCAACAAGAUCAAGAGUACAAACUGUCUGAGACUAGAGAAGCUGUGUUUAGGUUCAAGAGAGUGUCGAGUCUGUUAAGUACUACUAGUGUGGGUCAUGCCAGGUUUAGAAGAGCUAAGGAACCUCAUACCCAUUUGUCUCAAAGCAUCUUCCUUGAUCAAAGAACAGAACCUCCACCAUCUCAGACAGCACCGGUUAUGAUGCUCCGGUCUGGUUUACAUGAGUUGAGCACUGAUUCCCCCACUUUAGGGACCAGGUCCUUCAGUUUGAACUCAGAUGCUAAAGCAAAAGCGCCUCUCCUUCAGCUUAACCAGUCAAUCCAUCAGAAUAUGUUUCCUGAACAUCAACAGUUACAUGAACGCUUGGAGGCUCACCGUCAUCAGAUGCAGAAGCAACAGAAACAUCAAGGUGAGAUUAUGCUAAGGAAGUGCAACGGUGGGAUAAGCUUGAGUUUUGACAACUCGAGCUGUACUCAAACCAUGUCAUCCACUAGAUCCUUCGUUUCAUCCCUUAGCAUAGAUGGCAGCGUUGCUAAUUUAGAAGGAAGGAACUCUUUUCAUUUGGUAGGGGCUCCGAGUUCAACGGAUCAGAGUUUACAACACUCUAAGAGAAAAUGCCUCAUGAAAUGCGGGAGCUCUAGCCGAUGCCACUGCUCUAAGAAGAGGAAACAUAGGGUUAGGAGAUCGAUCAGAGUGCCUGCUAUAAGUAACAAGGUUGCAGAUAUCCCUCCUGAUGAUUAUUCGUGGCGAAAGUAUGGUCAGAAACCCAUCAAGGGCUCUCCUUAUCCCAGGGGAUAUUACAAAUGCAGUAGCAUGAGAGGCUGUCCAGCGAGGAAGCACGUUGAGAGAUGCUUGGAAGAUCCGGCAAUGCUUAUUGUUACUUAUGAAGCAGAGCAUAGCCAUCCCAAAUUGCCAUCUCAAGCCAUGACAACUUAACUUUUAUUGUAUCUUGUGUGUGCUUUGCUCCAUUAUUGUGUGAUAUAUGAAUCCGGAGCAGGUGCCUUUGUUUUAGGGGUGGGUGGGUGUGUGUGUGUUCUGCAAUAGUUGUUGGGUUAAGGGGGGUAAAAAUGUAGGAUUUGUCAACACUCGUUUCUCAAGUUUAUUAUUGCUCUUAAUGAUUCCAUGUUUUAUUAGUC